AUGUCCUGCUGUCUACUGUGGUCAUCUGAAAUAGUGGAUCCCAGCAUCUUCAGAUCGGUCACCGACAAUAGGGGACAAAAGGAAGCUUUGGUGCUUCAACAGAAACUUUUCCCUGAGGACUAUGAACAUCAUAUCUGUUCAUUCGAGCAUCUUGAGGGCAAUAACUGCAACAUUUCCCUAAAACUAAGGGUACACACUGAGGAGGAGGUUCACAGAUGGCUUCAAGCCUUUCAAAAGUCAUCUCAAACAACAUGGCGGGUGAACAAAAUCUACCCUGCGGAACGUCAAAGACAGAACAUGUACAGAGUGGACCUAAGAUGCCAACACAACACGCGACAUUCAAAAACCUCAAAAAAAAAUACAUCCUGUCCUGCUGUGAUGUAUAUUGUCCUGAAGAAGCAAAGCUUUUCGCAGAACAGAAAGUCCAGAUCUGCUGAUUUACACAUACAUGAAGGACUGUGUCUCUACAUCAACCUAAAACUUCGGCAUAAUCACCUGCUCAUGUGUGCUGAGGCUAUGGGGUACCGCGAUGUAGCACCUGACACAAUAGAGAAACUACAAAAUCUUUUUCAAAGUGGACACUCUCCCUCUUCUGCUUAGCUGAAAUAUGACCUUCAGGAGGAGAUGUGCGACUCCUAUGUGUUUGCUUCUGCGGAUCGCUCCAUCUGCCCUGAUCUGAAUUUUUGCUUCAGACUAUACUACAACAUAUUCAAAAGAGCCUAUGGAGAACUUGCUGGGGAUGCCAUGCUCUGCAGCCUCCAGGCAUCUAUUGAUGCCUACAAUGAGCAACAGGGAGAGGUAUGCGCUCAAAUGAAACAAGAUGACAAUCAAACCAUUAUUGCCAUCUGCAGUCCUCUUAUGAAGCGUGUGCAUGCUCUUGUUCGGCACAGUGCCGAGAUUGUCUUCAUAGACUCAUCUGGUAACUGUGACCGAACCAACAGCCGAAUAUUUCUCCUCCUAACACAUUCGGCUGCUGGUGGGCUGCCCCUGGGAGUGGUUAUCACAACCUCUGAGUCGCAGAACACCAGGACUGCAGGACUUAAGUUGCUGAAAGCCAUUCUCCCGCAGGAAGCUUUUUUUUGGGAGAGGAGACCUUGGCCCACAGGUAGUAAUGACCAAUGUCUGCCAAGCAUUGCGUCAGGCUAUUCUGAACACCUACCCUCAAACCCACCCCAUUCUCUGUGUCUUCCAUAUAUUACAAGCGAUGUGGAGAUGGCUUUGGGAUGCACAUAAUGGGGUCCCAAAAACCCACUGUCAGCAUUUAUUGCAUCUAAUCAAACAACUUGUUUAUGCCAGGUCCCCCUUGGACCUGGAAGCCUCAUAUCAUCUGGCAGUCCAGGACUCCAUAGCAAGCAGGUAUCCGAAAUACACAAACCAUCUGGCGGCGGUUUUCAAGAGGCGAGAGUUGUGGGCACUCUGUUUACGUUCCCAUCUCCCAACACGAGGGAACAACACCAACAACUUUGUGGAGAGUGCGAUGAGGAUAGUCAAGGACCAGAUCUUCUACAGGCUUAAAGCAUACAACAUCACGCAACUGGUGGACAUCAUCACAACCAGGCUGGAAGCCUACUACAAUCGAAGGCUUGUGGAUGUGGCUAACAACAGAAGCACAAAAAACUAACUGAAGGGGCGUGUCAGCACAGAUGGCAUUGUCAAGGAGGAUGAAGUGAAUUUUACAGUCCCUAGUGCCUCAACUGAUGCCACAUACCACGUGAAUGUGUCCUUGGGGACUUGCACCUGCCCAGAUGGCAGCACUGGUGCUUUCUGCGCUCAUCAGUAUGCAGUGAUGCAGGCCUUCCAAAUGCAAGACAACAACCCAUUUGCAAUUGCCACACCUGCCGCAAGGAAGUUGUUCUACCAGAUCGCAACAGGAAAGAACAAUGUGCCAGACAACUGGUUCAUGAGUGUGGAGGAAAUUCCAUCUGAUGCAGAUCCCCAGAAACAGUGUGGUGAAGCCUUAUCGACUGAAGGGUCCUCAGCGGAUGAAGACACUGUUAAUUGUUCGCCUGAUGAGAGGCUGGUGAAGGCUCAUCUGCCCAAGUGACAGAACUUGAGUCUUGUGCCAAGAGUAUGUUUGAGGGCCUGCUGUUAAAAGUAAAAACAGAUUCGGAUUUCCAUACAGCAAUAUCAGCAUCGGCAAAUCAGGCACAAAUACUGCAGCCAAACUGCUUAAGAAGAGGGCAAGAAAAUGCUUGCAGAUGAGUGUGGCAAUUGGCAUACAACCAACAGCAGUGGCUCGCCGUAAGGCCCCACUUGGAGGUCGACGUGCACUAAUCACUGGGCGUCCUCCUAAAAGUGCCCGGAGAGACCACAGCUACGGGAGAGUUGUCGGGGCAAAUGCACUGCCCAAACAGUCGGCGCCACACUCAUUCGUGUUUCUGACUGUGACUCUGGGUCGUAAACACAGCAAAUAAAAUAUUUGUGAUGUA